AUUUAGGAGACAUCACCAGGCUAGAGCUGCACCACGCGUUAAACUAGGCUGUCUUCGAUUUCGCCUUUUCGUUGUUGCUGCUUGUUAGCACUUAUAGAUCAUGGAGCCAGAGCAAAGCGAUGACGAGCAGGACCAGGGAGAGGAGCAGUCGUUCUUUGAAGAAGCAUUUGAGCUCGACAGCCUCGUCAAGCGUGUCGUGGACAGUGACGGUCUUGAAGCGCAGCAAAUAUAUGAGCGCUAUAAGGCGAUCCUCUACAAGUACCAGGAGCAAUCUCAGCUGUUGGACGCCUACCUGGAGGGUAUCGUCGUGCCGCUGGCGGGCCUGCUGCGCAAGCAGGCGGUCCUCCAGCAGGAGCAAGGCUUGCAGCGGGUGCUGAACACAUGUCGCCUGCUGAAUGUGCUGGUUGUGGUCCGCGGCUAUAAGACCGUGGUGCGCUUCUAUCCCCACGAGGCCGCGGACCUGGAGCGUGUGGUAGACAUUUUGGAGGUGGUGAAGGCGCAGCUGCCCAAGGACAGCGAGGAGGGCAUUGCGCUGUGGGAGGCCCAGACAAUGUUGCUCCUGUGGCUGUCGAUCCUCAUCCUCAUUCCCUUUGACCUGGCCACGGUGGACAGCACCGCCACGGGGGAACGCGACAGCUCUGUGCCCUACACGGCGCUGGUGGGCCGCAUCCUGCGCCUGUGCCAGGACUACCUGCACCACCCGGGCGGCGUGCGCGAGAUGUCGGCGGUGGUGCUGGGCCGGCUGCUGACGCGGCCCGACAUGGGCGGCGCGCUGGGCGAGUUCCUGGAUUGGGUGCCUGCGGCCCUGGCGCGUGUGGAGCCGCUGAGGGCGCCCUUCCUGCUGCCGGGCGCCAUGCAGGCGCUGUGCUGUGUGUUCAAGAUGGGGCAGCGCGACCGCCUGCUGCCUGUGGCCUCGCGCGCCUGGGCCCUGGCCGCGCACCUGGCCGCCGGCACGGCCGGCGACCGCGCGGCGGCCGAGGUGCUGGCCGGCAACGUGCUGGCUCGCAAGCUGUCUGUGAAGCUGGUCACACGCAUUGGCCUCACCUUCCUGCAGCCCCGCGCCGCCGCGCCCUGGCGCUACGUGCGCGGCGGCGCCAGCCUGGACGUCACGCUGGGCGCGGCGGCCGCGGCCACUGCCGCAGCAGCCUCUGCGACUGCUGCAGCAGCUGGGGAUGGGGGCGAGGAGGAGGAGGAGGAGAUUGAGAUUGCGGAGGAGGUGGAGGAGGUGGUGGAGGCGCUGCUGGGCGCGCUGCGGGACCGGGACACGGUGGUGCGCUGGAGCGGCGCCAAGGGCCUGGGGCGGCUGACGGGCUGCCUGCCGCAGGAGCUGGGGGACGAGGUGGUGGAGUCCGUCAUGCAGCUGUUCGGGCCCACGGAGAGCGACACCGCCUGGCACGGCGGCUGUCUGGCGCUGGCGGAGCUGGCACGCCGCGGCCUGCUGCUGCCGCCGCGCCUGCCGCCGCUGAUGCCGGUGGUGAGGGCGGCGCUGCACUACGACGUGCGCCGCGGGCCGCACUCCAUCGGGGCGCACGUGCGCGACGCUGCCGCGUACGUGUGCUGGGCCUUUGCGCGCGCCUACGCGCCCGAGCUGCUGGAGGGCAGUGUUACGCUGCUGGCCUCGUCGCUGCUCACCAUCGCCUGCUACGACCGAGAGGUCAACUGCAGGCGCGCCGCCGCCGCCGCCUUCCAGGAGGCCGUGGGGCGGCUGGGCAACUUCCCUCACGGCAUCCCGCUGCUCACCAUCGCCGACUACUUCUCAGUGGGCAUCGCACAACAGGCCUACCUCAAAGUGGCGCCGCAGGUGGCGGCCCUGGGCCCCGAGUACCGCACCCCCCUGGCCGCCCACCUGGUGGCCGCCAAGUCGCGGCACUGGGAGAAGAGCCUGCGCGAGCUGGCGGCGCGGGCGGCCGCCGCGCUGGCGCCGGCGGGCGCUGGGCCCUAUCUGGCGGCCGAGGGCGGGCUGGACGUGCUGCUGCCGGCCUGCCUCAACGAGCAGCUGGAGGUCCGCCACGGCGCGGUGGUGAUGGUGGCGGAGCUGCUGCCCGCGCUCCAGGCCGCCGCCGCCGCCGACCCCGCCGCCAACGCCGGCUGCUGGCCGCUGAGCGCGGCGCGGGCGGGCGAGGUGGCGAACCUGGUGCCGGCCAUUGACAAGGCGCGGCUGUACCGAGGCAAGGGCGGAGAGAUCAUGCGUGAGGCGGUGUCGCGGCUGAUCGAGUGCUGCGCCGACGUGCAGCUGGCCAUGUCGCCGCAGCAGCACGCCAAGGUGCUCGAGGCCCUGGACGAGAACCUGCGCCACCCGCAGCCAUACAUCCAGUCGGGGGCGGUGGCGGCCGUGCGCGCCUACGCCAGGGCCUACCUGUCGCACGACGCCCGCGCCGCCGCCGCCUUCCGCACCCGCUACCAGGACGGCUACCUGAGCCGCCUGCACGACCCCAACGUGGCGGUGCGGCGCGGCUACAGCCUGGCCCUGGGCUCGCUGCCGCGGGAGCUCCUGGAGCCGGUGCUGGAGGAGGCUGUGGACGCGCUGGUGGACGGCUGUGUGCCGGAGGAGGACCCGGACGAGCGGGACGUGGACAGCCGCGUCAACUGCACACGAGGACUGGGUCUGCUCAUUGCGACCAUGUACGGCGUCAGCAGCAGUAGCAGCGGCAGCGGCGACGCGGAUGGGGAGCCGGGGCCCGGCGCUGCGGCGGCCAUGGAGGGGGAGGCCGGGCAGCCGCGGCCACAGCGCCCGGACCCGGAAGCGGUGGAGGUGCUCAGAGACAAGGUCCUGCCCAGCCUGCACGCGGGCCUAGAGGACUACACCACCGACAACCGCGGCGACGUGGGCAGCUGGGUGCGCGAGGCGGCCAUGGCGGUGCUGGAGCCAGCAGUCAGGGCGCUGGCGGCGGCGGCGGAGGCGGCGGAGGCGGCGGCGCCCUCCAGCGGUGGCGCGCAGUCUGCGGAGGCGAGCGCGAUGCUGGCCGACGUGUCCGGCCGCGCGGUGGGUGUGCUGCUGCGUCAGUCCGUGGAGCGCAUCGGGCGACUGCGCGAGGCCGCCCUGCGCCACGUGCGCCGCCUGCUGGCAGACCCGCUCGUGAGGCCGCACGUGCCGCACGCCGCCGCCGUGGCGGCCGCCGUGGCAGCGGCCGCCGAGGCGGCGGAGGCGGGCGGCGUGUCCGCCUCCCUGGAGGCUCUCCAGCGGGUGGUGGUGCAGCUGCUGCCGGUGGCGCCGUACACGGGCCAUCUGCUGGAAGGGCUGGCGGCCAGCAUUGGCGGCGUGGACAACUCGCUGGCCAAGGUGGCGUCGGCGGCGCUGCUGGAGGCGCUGGCUAGCGCGGGCGCGAGCGGCGUGGGUGGGGCAGAAGUAGCAGCUGCGGAUGGCGUCACAGGCGCUAGCGAGAGUGGGAGUGGGAGUGGCAGCGGGCAGGCGGCGCAGGCGGCGCUGGUGGCGGCGGUGUGCGGCCACCUGCUGGACAUAUGGUCGCGGCACGCCAAGUCGCCCCGCAUGGCCACGCCGCUGCUGCGCACUGCGCUGCUGCUGCUCACCAAAGCCCCCGGCGCCGCAGACACGCUGCUGCCGCGGCCACCGCCGCCGGCGCCACCGGCGCAGGCGGCCGAGGCUGGCUCCGCGGCGCCAGCGGCCACGAGCACUAGUGCGGGUGGUGUGGGGAGCUCGGCGCCUGGUGGGUUGCAGUCGAGGUGGGUGGAUCACCUGGUGGAGGCGGCCAGGGCCGAGACACGCGGCUGCGGGGACGUGGCGAGGCUGGUCGAGGCGGCGGCGGUGCUGGCGCACCUGGCGGUGGUGCCGCCGGCAGCAGCAGCGGCAGCAGCAGCUGCAGGCGCGGCCGGAGGCGGCGGCGGCGGGCACUGCCGCAGCAGCGCGCUGCAGGGUCUGCUGGUGCUGCUGUGCAGCCGGUACCCCAAGGUCCGCCGCCACGCCGCGGAGCAGCUCUACCUGCAGCUGCUGGCACUGGACACCUCCUCCCCACACCCCACCACCGCCUCCUACAGCCCCACCGCCGCCCCCGCUUCUCCUCCUCCUCCUCCUCCGCCCCUGGAGUCAGUGUCGGACGCGGCGUGCGACCUGCUGCUAGCCACGGCCUGGGACGGUGACAUGGAGCCAGCCAAGGCAGCACGCGAUGCGCUGGCGGCGCUGGUGGGCGUGCCAGUGCCCAAAAUGAAGGCGCCGGCGGCGAGCGCCAGGGCGGCGGCGGCGCCCCGCGACGAGAACGCGUCCUACCAGGCACUGCUGGAUGACUUUGCGCGCGGGUAUUGAGGGGUCGGGAGGAAGAACGAAUGGGUGGGCGCAGCGUGCGUUGGGGGCGGGUGGGGUGGGGCGGUGUAAGUAAUGGAUACUGUGGCUGUUACGGCUACCACGGUACUCGCUGCGUGCGGUAUUGUUUGAGUUUCCAAAGGCUGUGGGGCUCGCGGUCAUCCCGCCCGUGAGUCAUGUAAGCAUGUUACAUG